AUGGUGUCUCCCAAGCCUUCGCGCUGGGAUAUGCAGCCAGCAGCAGCAGCAAAAGCAGCAGCAGCAGCAGCAGCAGCAGCAGCAGCAGCAAGGGGAGGCGGAGGAAGCAAAGAACACAGAGAGACAAAGGGAUGGUCUCCUUGGGCCUCUUCUGCUGCUUUCGGCCGUUCCGAUCUUCACCUAGAGGAGACACUCACCGGUGCAGCAGCCACAAGAGACGCCAGCAGCAAAAGAGAGACACAAGAAGCAGAAGAGACAGAAGGAGACGCCCCAACUUCGGCGGGAGCUUCCGAGUGCAGCAGCUGCAGCAGCAACAGUCCAGCCAGCGACAGCAGCAGCAGCAGCAGCGACAGCAGCAGCAGCGACAGCAGCAGCAGCAGCGACAGCAGCAGCAACGACAGCAGCAGCAACGACAGCAGCAGCAACGACAGCAGCAGCAAUGACAGCAGCAGCAACGAUAGCAGCAGCAACGACUGCAGCAGCAACGACUGUAGCAGCAACGACUGCAGCAGCAGCAGCAACGACAGCAGCAGCAGCGGCAACAGCAGCAGCAGCAGCAGCAGCUAUUGGAUGGCGGAGACCAUCUGCAGCAGCAGCACAACACAUGUGUCUUUUGAGCUGAGACAGAGUCUCCUCGGCCUAGGCAAUGUGGCGCUGCAGGCAGCAGAGCAGCAGCAGCAGCAGCAGGAGCAGCAGCUGCUGUGGGAGCAGGAGCAGCAGCAGCUGGUGCAGCUGCUGCAGCAGCAGCCGCUGCAGCAGCAGGAAGAGCCUUCUGAGGGCCUCAAGUUCCUGUGUCUCUUGGGAAGCGAACUGGGGGAGCAGCAGCAGCAAAAUGCAGACGUGGAGGCGCUGCUGCUGCAGCCCGCCGCGCGCCCCGCCUCUCUGCACCCGCUGCAGCAGCAGGAGCAGCACCUGCUGCUGCUGCUGCAGCAGCAGCAGCAGCAACAGGAGCAGCAGGAAGAUGAGGAAUCCCUGGAGAUGAAGCGCCGCGUCGAAGAGCUCGUGGAGAACAUUGUGGGGCCCACCCAUAUCUCCCUAGGCUGCUUCCUGCAGCAGCAGCAGCAGCAGCAGCAGCAGCAGCAGCAGCAGCAGCAAGACAUGUGCUUCGAAGGAGUUGUUGCUGCGCUGCGGCAGCUAGCGCAGCGCGCCACCCCACACCAGCGUUUGCUGCUGGAAGACAUAAUUAGUCUCGGGCCCCGCGACUCUGGACUCCGCAGCAGCAGCAGCAGCAACAGCAGCAGCCGCAACAACAACGGCAACAGCAACGGCAGCAGCAGCAAGAGCAGCAGCAGCAGCAGCAGCAGCAGCAGCAGCAGCAGCAGCAGCAAGCCCUCCCGCACCGCUAGAGACCGCCCUUGGCAGUCGGCGCCCCCCACUGAGAGCUGCUGCUGCUGGCCCCCCUGGGAACGCGAGCUGCUGCUGCAGGCUUUAAAGUCUCUUUAUGGAGAUCAAAUUUUGCCAACAGCUUUUAACUUGAAAGGCAGACUUUUGGAAAACGGCUGCUCCGCCCAGGUGGCCGCCAACUUCCUGAGCUACUACAAGCAGAUGAAAGACAUGUGCGUGGUGGACUGUCUGAGCAGCAGCAGCAGCAGCAGCAGCAGCAGCAGCAGCGGCAGCAGCGGCGGCAGCAGCAGGGAACCAGUGGUCUACUUGCUGCUGCCGCCCCCAGACCACCGGGGCUGGAUCGAUGCAAACGAUCCCAACGAUCCCUACCCCACACUUAUCUACGGAAUGGCCUGCUUCCUGCGGCGGCUGGACUUGCCGUUUUUUCGGGCUUUUUCUCUGGGCCAACUUUGCCACAUUGUGCAGUUGGCCAUUUCCAAGUGGAAAGUUUUGGCUUACGAAAAUAGUGUCAUUAAACCCAUCAACCAGUGCAAAAAGGUCGUCCAGGCCAUGCUCGUGAGGCCUGCUGCUGCUGCUGCUGCUGCUGCUGCUGCUGCUGCUGCUGCUGCUGCUGCUGCUGCUGCUGCUGCUGGUGUGGGCGUGGGUGUGGGUGUGGCUGCUGAUGGUGGUGCUGUGGGUGUGGGGGUGGCUGCUGAUGGUGGUGCUGAUGCUGGUGGUGGUGGCGGCGGUGCUGCUGCUGCUGCUGCUGCUGCUGCUGCUGCUGCUGCGGCUUCUGCUGCUGCUGCUGCUGCUGCGGCUGCUGCUGCAGUGGCACGGCAGAGCUGCAGCAGCAGAGGCGGCAGAGCUCCAGCAGCAGCAGCAAAGCAGACACCAUACAUGUGUCGGCUGCCAGAAAGGACCAACAGCAGAAACUACAUCAGCAGCAUCGAAGAGCUGCAAAGUUGUCUCCUCGAGCUGCUGCGCGCAAACCCUCAGGGACUUCCUCUGUCGGUCUUGAGCCGCAAGUUCAAACUCAGGUUUGGAAAGGAGCUGUCUCAGACUGUCUUCAGCUGCACUAAACUUCAAGACUUAAUGCUGCUGCCGGAAAUUCGGGCAGUUUGCACUGUUGUCAAGGAGCAGCAGCAGCUGCUGCUGCAGCUGCAGCUGCGGCAACAACAGCCGCCGCCCCCGCCGCUGCAGCAGCAGCCUGCCUUGCUGUUCUCGCUGGAGACGCAGGAGCAUCAGCCGCAGCAGCAACUGCAGCAGCAGCAGCAGCAGCAGCAGCAGCAGCAAGACACGAAAGACAGCAGCAGAAGCUCCACUUGUUAUUUAUUUUUCUUCUUCAGCACCAGCAUAAAUAUGCAGGCACCGGUCCCGUAUAUGAUCAAGUCGCUGAUUUAG